AGAAAGGGAAAGAAGGGGGUGCGUGGCAUUGUAAGAGGCCCCUAUGACCCACCUUGUCCCAUUCACUUAUUGGGCAAUCUUACCUUUUAUGAGUCCCCUCCUCCAUUUUCUUAAUCCUACACGUGGUCUUCUCCUACAUGUCUCACAUAAACCUCCAUCCUCUCCUCCCUCUGCUUACUAUAUAUAUACCAUAUCUCACUCCCCACUCCCCCCAACUCACUCCCUCACACACCAAUCUUCUUAUUCAAGGACAACACAAAAACAUAUUCACGCAAAUUCUCACUUCCUUCAACCUCAAUCAAAACAAAUUCAAUAACCAUGCCUUCGACAGCUUCAAACACUUUCUUUAACACCACACUCCCAUCUCCCUUCAAAGACCUACCUUCCACUUCUUCUCCCAUAACCUUACUUCCUCUAAAGAAAAGAUCCUCUUCCAACACCAUCACAUCUUCCCUUCAAACCCUCCACUUCCCCAAACAGUACCACCCAACAUCCACACCCACACCCACACCCACCACCACAAUACCAACCCCAAUCAAAACUACCUCCACCUCCACCUCCACCACCACCACCACCACCCCGUCCAGGGAAACCAACCCUCUCUCUGCCACCAACCAACCAUUACCUCAAAAAUGGAACUUUCUCCAGAAAGCAGCUGCCACAGCCUUGGACCUAGUCGAAACGGCGCUGGUCUCGCACGAGCGGAAACACCCGCUCCCGAAAACGGCGGACCCGAGGGUCCAAAUCGCCGGGAACUUCGCGCCGGUGCCGGAGCAUGCCGCGGAUCAAGGACUCCCGGUUGUCGGAAAAAUCCCCAAAUGCAUUGACGGCGUCUACGUGCGCAACGGCGCGAAUCCGCUCUACGAGCCUGUCGCCGGGCACCACUUCUUCGAUGGCGACGGCAUGGUCCACGCCGUGAAGUUCACGAACGGCUCCGCCAGCUACUCCUGUCGCUUCACAGAGACGCAGCGUCUCACGCAAGAGAAAUCUUUAGGCCGCCCGGUGUUUCCCAAGGCCAUCGGGGAGCUCCACGGCCACUCCGGCAUCGCGCGCCUCCUCCUCUUCUAUGCGCGCGGCCUCUUCGGACUCGUUGAUGGGUCCCACGGCAUGGGCGUGGCGAACGCCGGUCUCGUCUAUUUCAAUAAUCACCUCUUGGCCAUGUCCGAAGACGAUUUACCCUACCACGUGAGAAUCACCCCUAACGGCGACCUAAGCACCGUUGGCCGUUACGACUUCAACGGCCAGCUCAACUCCACAAUGAUCGCCCACCCGAAACUCGACCCCGUCCACGGCGACCUCCACGCGCUCAGCUACGACGUCAUUCAGAAGCCUUACCUCAAGUAUUUUCGUUUCUCCCCCGACGGCGUCAAGUCCCCUGACGUCGAAAUACCCCUGAAGGAGCCCACCAUGAUGCACGAUUUCGCCAUAACGGAGAAUUUCGUCGUCGUCCCCGACCAGCAGGUGGUCUUCAAACUAACGGAGAUGAUCACCGGCGGCUCCCCAGUGGUCUACGACAAGAACAAAACUUCACGGUUUGGGAUUUUGGACAAGAAUGCGAAGGACGCGAAUGCGAUGCGGUGGAUCGACGCGCCGGAUUGUUUCUGCUUCCACCUCUGGAACGCGUGGGAGGAGCCUGAAACCGACGAGGUUGUGGUGAUUGGGUCCUGCAUGACCCCUGCGGACUCCAUUUUCAACGAAUGCGACGAGAGUUUGAAGAGCGUGCUGUCUGAGAUAAGGCUGAACUUAAGGACCGGGCAGUCCACUCGCCGCCCCAUUAUCUCCGAUGCCGAACAAGUGAACCUUGAAGCCGGCAUGGUGAACAGAAACAAGCUCGGAAGGAAGACUCAGUUCGCGUAUCUGGCUCUGGCCGAGCCCUGGCCCAAAGUCUCGGGCUUUGCGAAAGUUGAUUUGCUGAGUGGGGAAGUGAAGAAGUACAUGUAUGGAGAAGAAAAGUUCGGCGGGGAGCCUCUGUUUCUUCCGAACGGGCAAGAAGAAGAUGAUGGGUAUAUUCUGGCAUUCGUGCACGACGAGAAAGAGUGGAAAUCAGAGCUGCAGAUUGUGAAUGCCAAAAAUUUAAAGCUGGAAGCUUCCAUCAAACUCCCCUCUCGUGUUCCCUAUGGUUUUCAUGGCACUUUCAUUCAUUCUAAGGAUUUGAGGAAACAAGCUUGAAGCAGUGAAUGGUUAAACCGAGGAGAGAUUUAACUGAGGGAUGCUUGCAGAUACGCCCCCGGAAUCUCCUCCUCCUCCUCCUCCUCCUGUAGUUUUCUGUUGCAGAUUUUUAUUUUUAUUUCUUCUUCAUUUUUAUUUCUUUUAUAAUUUGGGGUUAAACUUUGAGUGAGAGGUUUUGGGGACCAGCGUGUAGCUUUUGGAUGUAGUUAGCAGUGAAGCUCAGCUGGUCUCUGCUUUUCUUUCGCUCCAAGUGCAUGUAAGUAUAAGUAAAAAAAAAAAAGAGGGUGCAUAUAUAGAUAACAUAUAUCACAGUACUAUAGAAUGUGAUAUACUGUCAUGUGUUACGGUUUACUGUAAACUUCUGUUCACCACUACAGUUUUCUGUUGUAAAUAUCAGAAAUAAUUAAUCAUAUUCUUCUUGUUUUGUUUCCCUA